CCUUCGCUCCCUGCAGAUGACCUGGCCGCAGAGGUGGAGGACGUGGACUUCGAGGAUGAGGGAGCAGAGGGGCCCGACGGUGAGGCCUGGGAGACGGAGGACGAUGAGGGGUUGGAGGACGGCAUGGAGGCACAGGAUGACAGUGAGGUCACGUUCUCGCUGCACUCGGCCUCAGUAUUCUGUGUGAGCCUCGACCCAAAGACCAACACACUGGCAGUGACGGGUGGGGAAGAUGACAAAGCCUUCGUGUGGCGCCUGAGUGAUGGAGAGCUCCUGUUCGAGUGCACAGGACACAAGGACUCUGUCACCUGUGCCAGCUUCAGUCAUGACUCUGUGUUUGUGGCCACGGGUGACAUGUCUGGUCUUAUCAAAGUGUGGCGGGUGGACAACAAGGAAGAAGUGUGGUCCUUUGAGGUGGGGGACCUGGAGUGGAUGGAGUGGCACCCUCAGGCCCAUGUCCUUCUGGCGGGCACAGCUGAUGGCAAUUCCUGGAUGUGGAAGAUCCCCAGUGGAGACUGCAAAACCUUCCAGGGCCCUCCGUGCCCUGCCACGUGUGGCAAGAUCUUGCCUGAUGGGAAACGAGCUGUAGUGGGAUACGAGGAUGGGACCAUGCGCAUCUGGGAUCUGAAGCAGGGAACCUCACUGCACGUCCUGAAAGGCCAGGACGGCCACCAGGACCCCUUGACAUGUGUGGCCAGCAACCAGGACGGCAGUUUGAUCCUGACAGGCUCAGUGGACUGUCAUGCCAAGCUGGUCAAUUCUGCCACAGGCAAGGUGGUGUGCGUGUUCAAGAUGGAGAGCGUGGCUCCCAAGGCCACUGCAAGUGAGGGCGAGGAGGCAGAGUCCAAUUCAGUGGAGUCGCUGGGCUUUUGUAAUGUGAUGCCACUGGCUGCUGUGGGCUACUUGGAUGGUACACUGGCUAUCUACGAUCUCUCCACACAGAGCUUGAGGCAUAAAUGCCAACAUGAGUCAGGAAUUGUGCAGUUGCUGUGGGAGGAGAACUCUGCUGUGGUGUAUACCUGCAGCCUGGAUGGGGCUGUGCGGCUCUGGGAUGCCCGCUCAGGGAAGAUGAUCAGCGAGUACCGAGGGCACUCCGCUGAAAUCCUCGACUUCACUGUCAACAAGGAUGCCUCCAUUGUGGUGACGACCUCCGGCGACCACCAAGCCAAAGUGUUCUGCGUGCAGCGCCCUGAUCGCUAGGGUCAGUGCUGAGGGUGGUGGCCUGGCUCCGCCAGGCAGCUCGUGUACAGUGGGACAGGGGAGAUGGGUUUCACCACCCUGCUCCAGUGAGUGCUUUGUAAUUUUUCAGCCUGCCCCACUUUGCCCUCACAAGUUGGGGGCUGAGUCCGGGGUUUUGUAUGAGAAUAUCUUAUAAUUAUAUAUAAAUUAUUUCACUUACCUGGAUCCCAUCCACUCUGCUUGCUGGGGGGAAGGUGACCUUAAGAGAUGUGAUCUGUCCCCAUUGGGAUUUUAGGAAUUAGCUAUAGGGACUGUUCUUCCUAACCAGGCUGUCCCCAGUGCUCCCUGGUCCCAGCCCUGUUCCAGAGAUAGGUAGACUUUUUUCUUCCUUUGCUGUUGGAAAGGAACCUUUCGUGCCAAUGCUAUCAUAGGCUCUUCAGGAACACGGCUGGACCUGGUUGCCUCCGUGAGAGCCCAGCAGCCAGCUCUGAGCUGAGGGGCAUGGGUGGAUGGUUUUAUUCUGGGCUGACUGGAGGCAGAGACCUGCACAGUAGCCAUUCUUGACAGGGGAGACAUGGAGAUUCCCUGAGCAAGGCAGAAGGCUACGAAGGAAAUAUAUGGAUUGCUGGCUGAGGGUAAGAGGGCUGUCACAGCCCAUUAGGAGACGAGUGAUACUGCAUACACGAGGUAGUCAAGAGGUAGUAAGUGGGUGCCAGGACACCACAAUACUGCUUCUCAGCCUGGCAUUGCUGUGAGGGAACCAAGCUGCCUCCAGUCUCCUCUUCCUAAGAGAGCUGCUCCUUCUCCCCCGGCUCACUAACACAAGAGGAUUUUCACUAGUCCUGGGCACUGCACUCACACUUCAGCCGCAGACUGAGAAGAAUGUAAUGAGCUCCAAGCCCCAGUAAUUGUCCCCAUACCCUGAACAACUUCAACACCCCCAUGCGCUUGUCUCUCCAAGCGCCCUUUCCUUGGCAAGGCCACAUGUAUUGACAAACCAAAAACUUACAGCUCCUUAAGAUAGAAAGAUCUCCUUUAUUAAUGAACCCCAACAGUAUUUCUUCAGAUACAGGAGUUUUGAACUCAAAUACUCAGAAGAAAACAAGUUAAUAUUGCAUUAUUCUCAUAAGAAAUACUGCAACUUAUUUCCGGUAACAUAUUGCAAAGCGAAACAGCUUGAAAAGGAAAAAAAAA